UUAUAUGUUGAAGGUCAUGGUCUUUCCCCAACUCCCUGCACAUUGCAGGGGGCAACCCCUCCCUCCCACUCUCUCUGUGAUCACUCCUCCCUUAUACAAGAAGAGGUCUACGAGGCAGAGGGAAGGAUGGAGGAAUUUCUUGCCUAUGAUGCCAAAGACACGUAAGGCAUUUUAACUUUACUUUAUCAGUAAGCAUGGCAUUUCAUAUUUCAAGAGUAUUUGGAAGUAAGUAAUAGCCUGUGGGAGUUGUGGGACAGAGAGAGUGAGAGUGUGUGUGUGUGCGCGUGCGCAUCCGUAGGUGUGUGUGUGUUGUGUGCGUGCCUGUGUGCAUGUGUGUGUGUGUGUGCGGUUGUGUGUGUGAGUGUCUGUAUGCGGUUGUGUGUGUGCAAGUCUGUGCAUGUGUAGAUGUGGGUGGAAUGGGGGCCGUAUUGCUCCAGUGUGUCUGACGUCAGUGUUCUCCCCCCAGGGAGGAUGAGUGGGUGGGUCAGAGAGGAGCCUGGGGGUCUGCUGGGGCGGGGGCGGCAGGGAGGUCCGGGGUUCCCCCUGUGUCUCCCCACGCCUGUAUCAGGGAUGCCGUGGCUGACGAGGCCUUUGAUGACGUGUGGAGGGAGGUGGUGAACUCUCUGGGGGAGCUCCUCCACAAACACUGGCAGAGACAAAUCACUGGUCUGUCUAUCUACAAACCACUGUAUUACAGAGAUACCAUAGAACUACAUGAAUAUCAAUGAUGAUAGGCCUAUUAUACACAGCAACCAUGGUAGAGCACACCAACUCUGUUGUAGCUGAUGCUUUUUGUUAUGCUGUGUUUUGAAUUGGGCAAGGAGUUUGACCUGAUCACAUGGCCUGGCCAGGAUAAACUCUGGGUCCUAGUUAUGAAUCAAGUGUUUUGUUUGUACCGGAGGUGGAGCAGGUCACAGAGGAGCGUUGGAGGCUCUUGGUGGAGUCCUGGGUGAUCCCUCUCCUCACAUCAACAGUACAUGUCAGCGUGUCCCCCUCUCCAGGGGCUCCAACACACAUAGCAUGCUGCUGUGGUCCAACUGUUGCCCCAGCACACAGGUGAGAAGUCUGCCUGCCACCAAAACACAAAGUGUCAGCUGCUGCCAUUGGCUCUCUAGAGGAGCUCUUGCGCUUCUGGCAACAACAGCAUUCACAUGAAUUAACAUUUAUCUCAAACACACAUAUUACAAUGGCCUCAACAGAGGAGCCAAGGCCUCCUUAAAACAAGCCUUGAGCUACAUUUAUUUACUUUUAUUUUUUUCUAGGCCUCUCAGGUAUUAUCAAGCGCCUUCAAGAUUAAUUUAAACGGUGUUAUGACAAUCCAAGCUAAGCCUCUUCAACAAAGACAACACAGAUUUGCAGAGAAGUCUCAGUAAGUCUGUCUGAAUCCCCAGCUAUAAGUGUGAUCCUGAACAAACAAACCAUUCCUGUUUCUCUUUGGUGUGCAUCCCAAAUGGCACUCAAUUCUCUAUACACUGAAUAUACAAAACAUUAAGAACUCCUUCCAUGCUCCUUCCAUGACAUAGACUGACCAGGUGAAUCCAGGUUGAAGGUACUUGUCACGAUCGUCUAAAGAAGCGGACCAAGGCGCAGCGUGUUGAGCGAACAUGUUGACUUUAUUGAAUUUAAAGCAACACCGAAACAACAAACAAAAUGACGAUAGUGAAGUCCACAGUGACAAAGACUGAACUUGGAACAAAAACCCACAACACCCAAGAGAAAACACACAGUAUAAAUAUGGCUCCCAAUCAGAGAUAACGAGCCGACAGCUGACACUCGUUACCUCCGAUUGGGAGUCAAUGACCAAACCUAGAAAUAAACGUGACAGAAAUGCAACCAUAGAAAAUCACCCAAAACCCAACAAAACACAAUACACCCUGGCUCAAAUACAAAAGUCCUGGAGCCAGAGUGUCACAGUACCCCCCCCUAAAGGUGCGAACUCCGGGCGCACCAGCAUACAGUCUAGGGGAGGGUCUGGGUGGGCGUCUGUCCACGGUGGCGGUUCUGGCCCUGGUCGUGGUCCCCACCCCACCUUAGUCACUACCCGCCUCCGUAGCCUCCUCCACAUGACCACCCCCCAACUAAACCCCACUGGAUUAAGGGGCGGCACCGGACUAACGGGCAGCACCGGACUAAGGGGCAGCACCGGACUAAGGGGCAGCACCGGACUAAGGGGCAGCACCAGGAUAAGGGACAGCACCGGACUCACUGGCGGAUCCUGGCUGGCUGGCUCUGGCGGGUCCUGGCUGGACGGCUCUGGCGGAUCCUGGCUGGACGGCUCAUGGCUGGCUGAAGGAUCUGGCUGCUCAUGGCUGGCUGACGGAUCUGGCUGCUCAUGGCUGGCCGACGGAUCUGGCUGCUCAUGGCUGGCCGACGGAUCUGGCUGCUCAUGGCUGGCCGACGGAUCUGGCUGCUCAUGGCUGGCCGACGGAUCUGGCUGCUCAUGGCUGGCUGACGGAUCUGGCUGCUCAUGGCUGGCUGACGGAUCUGGCUGCUCAUGGCUGGCUGACGGAUCUGGCUGCUCAUGGCUGGCUGACGGAUCUGGCUGCUCAUGGCUGGCUGACGGAUCUGGCUGCUCAUGGCUGGCGGAAGGCUCUGGCUGAUCCUGUCUGGCGGAAGGCUCUGGCUGAUCCUGUCUGGCGGAAGGCUCUGGCUGAUCCUGUCUGGCGGAAGGCUCUAGCGGCUCCGGUCUGGCGGACGGCUCUGAAGGCUCAUGGCAGACGGGCGGCUUAGCAGGCUCAGUACAGAUGGCCAGUUCAAGCGCCUUAGGGCAGACGGGCAGUUCAGACCCCGUUGGGCAGACGGCAGACUCUGGCCGUCUGAGGCGCACCGUAGGCCUGGUGCGUGGUGCCGGAACUGGAGGUACCGGGCUGAGGACACGCAUCUCAGGGCUAGUGCGGGGAGAAGCAACAGGGCAUGCUGGACCCUGGGAACGCACAUAACGCCUAGUGCGGAGAGCCGGAACAGGGCAUGCUGGACCCUGGGAACACACAGGAGGCUUGGUGCGUGGUGUAGGCACUGGUGGUACUGGGCUGGAGCGGGGAGGUGGCGCCGGAAAUACCGGACCGUGCAGGCUUACUGGCCCCCUUGAGCACUGAGCCUGCCCAACCUUACCCGGGUUGAUGCUCCCCGUCGCCCGACCAGUACGGGGAGGUGGAAUAACCCGCACCGGCCUAUGUGGGCGAACCGGGAACACCAUGCGUAAGGCUGGUGCCAUGUACGCCGGCCCGAGAAGACGCACUGGUGGCCUGAUGCGUUGGGCCGGCUUCAUGACAUCCGGCUCAACGCUCAAUCUAGCCCGGCCGAUACGAGGAGCUGGGAUGGUGACGCACACCACAGGCGUAGUGCGUAGAGCAGGAACCGGCCGGGCUGGGCUGGCGACGCACAUCGUGGACCUGGUGCGUGGAGUAGGAACAGGCCGAGCUGGGCUGGCGACGCACAUCGUGGACCUGGUGCGUGGAGUAGGAACAGGCCGGUCCGUACCGGGAACACACACCACUGGCCUUAACUGGGGAUCAGGAACGGGCCGGACCGGACUGGUAACACACCUCAGUCUCUCACGCCGUGCCACAACAACUUCCCUCCCUCUACUCGCCAAUGGCUCCCGUAAUCCGAAAGCCUUCUCUCCACCUCUACCUGUGGCAGCCUCCUGCUGCCCAGCCGCCCAAGCCAUGUGCCCCCCCCAAAAAAUUAUUUGGGGUUGCCUCUCAUCCUUCCGACGAUGGCCCUGCCGACGCCGUUGCUCCUCUCUCCGUCGCCUCUCCACUGUCUCGCUCCAUGGACGGCGAUCCAUCCCAUCCAGGAUUUCCUCCCAAGUCCAUGACCCUUUUCCGUCCAGUAUCUCCUCCCAUGUCCAUGAAUCCUUUAUAGCUGGGUCCUGUUGCCGCUUGACACGCUGCUUGGUCCUCUUAAGGUGGGUUUUUCUGUCACGAUCGUCUAAAGAAGCGGACCAAGGCGCAGCGUGUUGAGCGAACAUGUUGACUAUAUUGAAUUUAAAGCAACACCGAAACAACAAACAAAAUGACGAUAGUGAAGUCCACAGUGACAAAGACUGAACUUGGAACAAAAACCCACAACACCCAAGAGAAAACACACAGUAUAAAUAUGGCUCCCAAUCAGAGAUAACGAGCCGACAGCUGACACUCGUUACCUCCGAUUGGGAGUCAAUGACCAAACCUAGAAAUAAACGUGACAGAAAUGCAACCAUAGAAAAUCACCCAAAACCCAACAAAACACAAUACACCCUGGCUCAAAUACAAAAGUCCUGGAGCCAGAGUGUCACACUACUGUAUGAUCCCUUAUUGAUGUCACUUGUUAUAAUAAUAAUAAUAAUAAUAUGCCAUUUAGCAGACGCUUUUAUCCAAAGCGACUUACAGUCAUGCGUGCAUACAUUUUUGUGUAUGGGUGGUCCCGGGGAUCGAACCCACUACCUUGGCGUUACAAGCGCCGUGCUCUACCAGCUGAGCUACAGAGGACCACAUUGUUAAAUCCACUUCAAUCAGUGUAGAUGAAGGGGAGGAGACAGGUUAAAGAAUGAUUUUUAAUCCUUGACAAAAUUGAGACAUGGAUUGUGUAUGGAUGCCAUUCAGAGGGUGAAUGGGAAAGACAAACGAUUUAAGUUCCUUUGAACGAGUUAUGGUAGUAGGUGCCAGGCAACGCUGCUGGGUUUUUCACACUCAACAGUUUCCCGUGUGUAUCAAGAAUGGUCCACCACCCAAAGGACAACCAGCCAACUUGGCACAACGGUGGGAAGCAUUGGAGUCAACAUGAGCUAGAGGGGGACAGGGAACAGGGUGCUAUUUGGGAUGCACCUUUUCUGUUAGGCUUUGAUACAAAUAAGAACUCCAACACCUAAAAUAGAUUAGAUAGAAAAUAAAUUGAUACACUGGUAUGACUUUAAGUAAUGUCAUUAAUAUCACUACUUUGUUGACUUCUCUGUAGUUAUGAUCUGGAGGACAGACCCAGAAGAGCUCCAGCCCCCACUGUGUCUCCAUCCAGGAGAGCAUGUAGUACUUCCUCUCACAGAGCCCCAGCUCCAGCCCCAGGCCCAGGCCCAGCUCCAGCCCACAGAGGCCUACCCCUGCCCAGGCUCCGUAUCUGCUCCAGACCCAGCUCCACCUUCACAAGUACCAGCUCCAGGGGCAGGGCCAAGAGCUGCCUCAUCCCCAGACAUACUGUCCCCAGACACCAGGUCAUCAGAGGAACCAGACUGUGAGAUAUCUACUGUGUAUUACAUGUAUAUAAAAACAAGUUAGCUAGGCUGGUGUUUAAUUGCAACACUAUUAUAAUUGGUAUAUGCAACUGCAAUAAAUGAUUAUGACUUGUUUAUGGUAGAAUUAAAUUUGUUAGGUCAAAUGAAAUUGCAGUUUUGUUCUAGAGAAGAGUUAGCCAUAAUGACUAUUACAUUUGACGUCAUUUAGCAGAUGCUCUUAUCCAGAGCAACUAGGGUUAAGUGACAUGCUCAAAGAUUUUUCACCUAGUCGACUCUGGGAUUCGAAACAGUAACCUUUUGGUUACUGGCCCCAUUGCUCCUAAGCGCUAGGCUACCUGCCGCCCAACUAUCAUAACAAGGUUGUAAUUGUCCUGGCUUGUACUGUAGGACCACAGUGACAGAAGGACAGCCGUCCCCUAUCCUCAGUUCACUACAGAACCAGAGGCUCCUCCCCCUUCUCCAUGCUGACCAAUCAGAGCUGGAGCCCUCAGUGUCCACUGCUGCACCCAUGCAGGUACCAGGUGACCUACUGUUUCGUCAAUGUACUCAAAUGUCAAUACAGGAAGGUAGUAUAUCAAUGUGUCAAUUCUAAUGCAGAUUAUAGUACAUUAUAUUUGCCUCAAUACCAUAAUAAAUGGGUAAUGAUGACAUGUCAUUUAAAUGACUUGUCAUUCUGACCGAACAUAAAUUACCACAUCGAUUCAGCUUCUUAUAAUAAUAAUAAUAGCUUCUUGCAUUUGCAUAGACAUGGAAAGCAAGUGUGUGUUGGCUUGGCUGACCUUGCAAACAUGCUUAACUCCAGGGCAAACAGCAGGUGUGUGCUGGUGUAGGGCAAGUGAACUUUGGUCUCGCUCUCUCUCUCUGCCUUACAGCUCAGGGGGAGGAUUCUGCAAGGACAUGCCACUGUACCCAUCUCCAUCCUUCCACCCCUCAGAGAGCCCACUCCGCUGUUGGAGUCCCUGUCUCGUCCCAACACCACACACACACUCCGGGUACGAGACACACACACACAGUCUAGGACACACAGUGGGGGCAUGGUGGGGUUGUCUGAGGGAGUGGUAGUAGAAGAGAGUGUAUUACUGUCUGUUGCAUAGCAGAUGGCCUUAUCAUUAUAUAGAACUGUCUGCUUUGCUGCAUGGUUUAUUGCUCUACCUUUUGGUCAACUCAUUAUUGUAAAAGAGAAUAUGUUCUUAAAACCCCCUAGAUUCGAUGUCUGUGCCCCUGUGGAAAUCUAAUUAGCAUAAUUGAAAAAUCCCCAUAAAAAUCUGUCAAUUUAAGCUAGAGAUAUCUGUUUUUUUUGCAUUGGAUGCGUCUCCACCACAUCCGCCGAUGUCGCACUUCCGCGUCUGGGGUGAAAGGUGACAGAGCUAGAGUGGUGUUUGUCAGACCAAGAGACAUGUACAUGUGGGUUGUUUUGCUCUAGGAUGCCCACAGGCCUCACAAGACUCGUCUGAAGGUCCCCCUGUACCAGUUAAAAAAAUUAAUGGAAGUAUAUAUGGAGACAGUUUAGUGCCAAAAAUAAGGGGUUAAAUACAUGUAAAAUAAAAAAUGUUUCUUGAUCUUUUUUAUAUUUCUCAGAUAUAAGACAGACACUUCAGAACAAGCUUCCUUUCGAUUUUUUGGGGGGACUAUCUGUUGUUCCAUGUAGUGAAUCUGUUAUGCAAUGUGUUUGUAUGUGCUAAUAGCAGUAAGGCUUAGACAGGGCUUAGUCUGUAGAGGGUCCACUUACCUGGUUAAAUAAAGGCUAAAUAAAUAAAAGCUGUCUACCUUUUGUACAAUGAGAGGGUAAUCAUUGUAACAUUAUAUAUUAUUAUCCUUGUUUUAGAUUGGAUUACUGUAGUGUAGGUUACAUAUUACCACUAUUUACCUAGGUGUGUUUGCUCAAAUAAAGUAUCCAUUUUGUUUUAACAUAUGACUUGAAAGCAGCUCUUUGUUUUCUAGUCAGACACACCCAUGAAGCGAUCAUUCACUCCCAUGGAUUUCACCUGCCACAUGAAGACUGGGAAAGGACCUCACUCAGGUGACCGCUAUAGUACUGUGUACUCAUGCGUCUAGCCAACAAGUGACAGGACAGCUGUCAGUGCAGGUGGAUUUAUAAGUAUUAUGUACAUUGUAAAUGUUGUUUUAGAAUGGAUCAAGUUUAUUUUGUAUGUUUUGACUAACCAGGCCAGUUUCCUUUAAUUCAGUGCCUGUUCGUAGGCUCAGGUGUUGUGUGAAUGCAUUAGUUAUUAUUGCACAUCGGCCUCACAGGCUCUCAGCCUCACAGGCUCUGAGGAAAGUGGAGGUUAAAAGCGGAGGCAGAAUGUGUCAUUGUCCCCAUUGGCCCUGGUUAAAAGCGGAGGCAGAAUGUGUCAUUGUCCCCAUUGGCCCUGGUUAAAAGUAGUGCAUUAAAUAGAGAAUGAGGUGCCAUUUGGAAGCCUAUGUCAGCGUCAGACGGGCAUGUCGUAAUGCGUCACCUCUGGUCUCCUAGGUGACUGUGCUCUGAUUGGAGUGACAGGCUUUGGCGUGGGCAUCACCUGCUCCACCUCCAGCGGCUUCUCCGAGAGCACCAUGACAACGAGGAGACGCCAGCGCCCGCCAUCCUCCUCUGUGGAGGGAGAGAGUGGGACCAGAUCCCUGCUCUUAGGUAAAUACUGUAUAUGGAGUUAUUAGGAGGAAAGUGGAGAGGGUACUGCAUAGGCCUGGCAAUUGCCAGGGACCUCACGAUACCAUAUUAUCACCAUACUGAGGGAACUCACGAUACCAUAUUAUCACCAAACUUAGGGACUUCACUAUACCAUAUUAUCACCAUACUAAGGGACCACAAUAAGAUAUUAUCACAAUACUAAGGGACCUCACAAUACGAUAUUAUCACUAUACUGAGGGACCUCACGAUACGGACCUCACGAAACCAUAUUAUCACCAUACUUAGGGACCCUCACGAUACCAUAUUAUCACCAUACUGAGGGACCUUACAAUAUGAUAUUAUCACCAUACUGAGGGACCUCACGAUACCAUAUUAUCACUGUACUUAGGGACCUCACGAUACGAUAUUAUCACCAUACUUAGGACACUCACGAUACCAUAUUAUCACCAUACUUAGGGACCUCACGAUACGGACCUCACGAUACCAUAUUAUCACCAUACUUAGGGACCCUCACGAUACCAUAUUAUCACCAUACUGAGGGACCUUACAAUACGAUAUUAUCACCAUACUUAGGACACUCACGAUACCAUAUUAUCACCAUGCUUAGGGACCUCCGUUACCAUAUUAUCACCAUACUUAGGUGCCGAUACGAUAUGUAUUGUGAUUCUCACUAUUCUAUAUGCAUUGCGAUUCUCACGAUUCUAUAUGUAUUGCGAUUCGAUGCUGCGUUUGUACUUCGAUUUGAUGUUCCAAACAUAUCGCACACCAGAGGGGCAAGAGAGGGCCAUGAGAAAAUGAGUUUUGAUCAGUCAGGGAAAUAUGAAAGUGGAGAUGGAGAACAAGCUAUAGGAUGAAAAACACCAGAGUUUUGGCGCAGGUACAGUCAACUAGCGCUAGCUAACGCUACCUAGCAAAAAAAAGAAGUUAAUAUAUCCAUAUAAUAUCGUCCAAAACUAUAUUGUGAUAUGUAACUGUAUUUAUUUUUUCCUCCAUCACUAGUACUAUAGUGCAAUGUGCAAGUAAACAGGGGGCUGCUCAUAGAUUGAUGUGUACAGGAAGAUUGCUAGUAGGUAGAUAAGUAGAGGGAGAUGAGAAAAGUGGAUUGAAUGAAUAAGGAAAUUAAGCAGUACAAUACAGUACACUAUGUGUCCUUUCUACUGUAGUUUAACUGAAGUAUAAAACUUCUCCAGGUGUUCCUCAUCAACGUAAAGUGUUUGGUCGGUUUCCUGGGCAUGUGAAGAAGAGACUCCAGGUGGUGUUGUCAUAGCAGCAUAGUCCGGACAGGAAGACAGGAAGAACAGAAUGCAUCAGGAACACCAACACUUUAAUUAAUGGGUGUGACCAGAUGGAGUACAGCUACGGAUGAGAUUUACCAUUGAACUACCGCAAGAGUUUGGAAGCCAGUCGGAGUUGGAUAUCACUUUUCAUUGCUAUGGCGAUAGCUAGCUAGCCUCCCAGACAGUGGCUAUCUAGAGGUAGAACAGCAAUGUGCAGAUAGCGUGUGGACAAUAAGGACAGAGUUUUCAUUUGAAAAGACCACAUUUAGGCUGCAACGGCAUUUUGCAGGACAAAUCUACUUGGUUAUAUUGUAUCUGCCGUUUAAUUAGAUACAUUGUAGUUUAUUUUAAAAUGUGCUUAAUGAGCCAUGUUAGGAGGAAAAACAUGAACUAGGUCCUACUUGUAUGUUUUGUAUAGAAAUGUCACAGUGUCUUGAAUACCCUAG